CCAAAUUGAGAUUAUUCGACAUGUCCUUCUGCUUGGUGUCAACUCUGCCUCUCGGAAUAUUUCUCUUGCUGGAACUUGAAUCACUGAAUUUUGCCUACAACAGCAUAUCAAUCAUUCCCAAUGAAAUUAGAAACCUAAGGAAACUCCAGUUUCUAAAUGCUGAAGGAAAUGAAUUGUUUGCAUUGCCACAAGGUCUUCUGAAACUUCACUUAAAGCAAAUACGACUUGAAGGUAAUUUCUUGCAUCCUCUGCUAUGGAAGGAAAACUCUCAAAACAAACCUCAGAAAUUGAGUCACUUGGCUGCUCGUGUCUUCACCAGGAAUAACUUACAGCAGCAUUACACUGAUAUUCCAAAAGAUAUUCAAAAUAUAUUGAACCGCGCAACUGUUUGUGAUUGCUGUGGUGGACCCAUGUAUGGAUCAGGACUUCGUAUCAUCCGGCCAUGCAGAAAGAUCUUUGGUAUUGAGAAUCUUCCUUUUUUGUUUCAUUCCUGCUCACCAUCAUGCAAAGCGCAUUUUAUGAUGCAGACAGAAUCACUGAUCAACGUUAUCUAUCAUUGAACAGUGUUGACUGGAAAAGGCAGUUAAUAAAAGUUGAUGUAACAGCAAGGGGCAUCAAACAUGAAACAAUGUAACAUUCAAGAAAGGUUAAUCUCAGAAUUUUUUUUGGCGGAAAUGUUUAGUGUUUGUACUUAAAGUACUAAUUAAAGUAAACAUGCGUAGCAAAAUCUUUAAGUAUACUGUGAUAUGUUUAAUUACUUUAAUGCAACACUCAAACCUCUUUAAAAUAGUUCAGUUUUAUCUGUAUUCAAUUGUAUAGCAGUCUUGUUUUACUCCUUAAGUUAUUACAGAUGUUCUGCACUUUCAAAAGUGAAAGUGUGUACAA